CCUUCGCCAGCCCCGUUCUAUUCGGCCGUGGAAGAGAGGACUCGGUAUCCCACACCCAAGGAGUCCCGGUUCACCCACGCCGGGCUCGGCCCUCAGCCGAGCCGCACAACUUCCCGGGAGCCGAGGCCAAAGUGCGCGCAAAGUGCUGCCCAAGUUCCUGGGAUGGAGCUGCAGAGCCGGCCUGAGGCGCUCGCCGUGGAACUCUCGCGCCACCAGAACGGCGACCUCAAGAAGCAGCUCCACGAAAGGCAGCCGCGGAUCGCAGCACUCAGCGACAAACAAGCUUUGGGAAGCAUCACUGCAGUGCCUGUCACGGGUCCUCAGGUCAGCUCCUUGCAGAGGUUGGCCGGGCAAGGAGCGGCCGUGCUACCUCAGGUUAGGCCAAAGACUCUGAUCCCAGACAGCCUCCCCGUCGCCCCAGGCAGGGACCGGCCACCCAAGCAGCCCCCGACAUUCCAGAAGGGCACUGUGGUCAGCAUCAAGAACCCCAGCCCAGCCCUCCCCACCGCCAACAACACUGUCAACCAUGUGCCAACGCCCGGCAGCCAGCCCCAGGCCCUCGCCGAGCCCACCGCCAUCACCUCGCCCCUGAGCGGCGCUGGGGUGGCCUACGCCAUCAUCUCCACCUCCCCCAGCAAUGCCACCUCCAUCGCCCCCAGCACCGCCGUGCCCGUGGUCAGUGACAACAUCAAAGUGCAGCCCCUCCUCAUCAGUGCCGACAGCAAGGUCAUUAUUAUCCAGCCUCAAGUCCAGACGCAGCCUGAGAGCUCAGCGGAGCCCCGGCCUCCCACGGAGGAGCCAUGUCAGGGAGCUCAGGCCACCAAAAAGAAGAAGGAAGACCGAGCUCUGAGUCAGGAGAACCCCGAGAAAAUCGCCUUCAUGGUAGCACUCGGCCUGGUCACCACGGAGCACCUGGAAGAAAUCCAGAGCAAGCGCCAGGAGCGGAAGAGGAGGAGCACCGCCAACCCCGCCUAUAGUGGCCUCCUGGAGACUGAGAGGAAGCGGCUUGCCUCCAGCUAUCUCAACAACCCCCUGUUCCUCACAGCACGAGCCACUGAGGACCCCUGCUGGAAGAGCGAGCUUGCGCACGAUGAGCUCUGUGCAGCCUGCAGGCGGGGUGCCAACCUGCUGCGCUGCGGAUCCUGCCCGGGGGCCUACCACCUCGGCUGCCUGCACCCGCCCCUCAAGACGGCGCCCAAGGGCGGGUGGCUGUGCCCCAAGUGCCAGCAGAAGGCCUUAAAGAAGGAUGAGGGUGUGCCCUGGACCGGCAUGCUGGCCAUUGUGCACUCCUACGUCAGCCACAAGACAGUCAAAGAAGAGGAAAAGCAGAAGUUGCUGCAGCGAGGCAGUGAGCUGCAGAGCGAGCACCAGCAGCUGGAAGAGCGAGACCGGCAGCUGGCCUUGGCUGUGAAGAAAUGCCUGGAGCUAAAGACCAGCCUGCUGGCCCGCCAGAGGGGCACCCAGUCCUCGCUGGACCGCCUCCGGGCCCUCCUGAGACUGAUACAGGGCCAGCAGAUGCUCCAGGUCGCCAUGACGACCACGAGCCCCGCCCCACUGCUGGCCGGGCCCUGGACCAAGCCCUCAGCUGCUGCCAUGCGCUCCACCCUCCAGCACCCGCAGGACCACAAGUGACCCCAGGGACCUGUCUUUGCGCCCACGGAAAGUUACUGGGACCCUGCUGAUGUAACCUCGGGGUUCUGUCGGCCUUAAUUCAUGAACUGUGAAUUUCAGACAAAAAACCAGAUAGACCAAGGAGAGGAGGGAGAAGGGGCCCGGUGAGCACCCUAGAGCUGCGACCAGGGGAAGGGUACCCUGCACCUUCCCGGUCCGGGGGACACCCGGAAGCCAGAUGCAGUGCGACUGGCACGGGGGCCCUGUCCUUGGCUGUCCGGGGCCUGCCCAGGCUUCCGGCUCUCCACAGCCCCACUCCAAACCCUCAGGAGCGAGGUCAGGAUACUGCAGCCCAGCCCCUCCCGGCGCAGUUAGCUGAGUAGUAGGGUAGUUGGGUGGGGCGUGGCAGGGCGGAGGGUAGCAAAUGUAGGUAGUCCCCCAGUGCCCGCCCUCGGCCCCCAGGGUCCCACGCCCGCCUUCCCAGACCCCCGCCGCCAUCAGUGUUACGAGGUUGAGAAGCAGCUGCUGAACUUGCAGCCAGGAGGCCCUCCGCCACCGCCUCUUGGACUCGCUCUGCUCCCCGUUGAUGUGUUUUUCUCGCAGGGUUUCUGGGCGGAAUGGAGCUGCUCCCCGGCAGAGCAGGCAUUUGGCAGGUUCCGUUUGGGGUUGGAUCGUUUCAGCCUACAGUGGGGGCCUUUUAUCUUCUGCUUCCCAAGAGCCAAUAAGUAUUCCAGUCCUCUCUUCUUGCCAGUACAGACACGAUGCCAAAAAAUAACUCUACAUUUUUGUAUGGCGUUUUUAGUUGUGAGAUAUUUAAUUGGAAGGGGGCCGCUGCUGCCUUCUCUGCAUCCGGUGGUCUCCGCCCUAAGGUGUGAAGGAGAAACCUACCCCUCCGUGGGGGACUGGCCCGCCUGAGAGAUCUAGUGGGUUUUUACAGAAGUGGAUUCAGAGCGGGAGAGAAAGGACGGGCCGCAGCUGCUGCGCAGCCCGGCCCUCAGGGACCCGAGCGUCCCCUCCUCUCACUGUGUCCCGAUGGGCAGAGCUGAGGGUCCCGUGGCCUCUCCCAGGGCUCCCGCUUCCCGGGCGCUGGCCAUCAGCCUACCAGCUUGUCCCCUCCCAGGGGACUCAGCACAACCGGCCGAGCGUCCUGGAGCCCAGGGCUCCCCCCAGCAUAUCACACGGUGCCGAAUUGUGUAGGACGUGCGUGGGCGUGUGUGGGCGUGCACACAGCCCAGCCUCAGGCACGCACGCACGCACAUGCCUGCCGUGCCGUCCCUCGUCACUUCCACGACUCCGGGAGAAACUGUGCUGUACGAUACAGAUCUAUUUUAAUACACUCAACACUGGGUUGAACAAGAUUUUUAUAUUCUUUUAUUGAUGAACAAAGUGAGCCAUGCGAGGCCUGCGUCUUAUAUAUUGGUUACUCUUGAUGCCAGUUAUGCAUUACUGCGAGUCUUGCGAUGUAAACGUCUCCAGGUUCCUCUUCUGCUGGUUUGAUUUUCUUCUUGGAUGGAUUGGGUCAGAUCUUUUCAAACUGUCAAGGGAGGAUAUGGAAGGUUGGACCCGGGAGGGGUAGCUGCCGACGUGUCUUGAGACUGUUAGUUUUUUGGGAUCAAGGAGGACAGUCCAGUGGAUAGUGAGGAUAGAGAAAAAGUGUUUCGUCUUAAAUAUGCCAACGUAGUUUUCCUUCUGUACGAUGCAUUAAACUUGAUGGAUGAUUUUAAA